AGGGGUAAAUGUUUUAGAACAAUGUCUUGCUGCUGAACCAAUGAAAUUACAUUAGGAACAUUCACUUUAAGGGAAAAAAACACCCUAAGUUAUAUCUAUAGAUCUUGUAUAAGACAGUUUUCAAAAGGAUCAAUAUUUAUUUAGGCUAGAUUUUUUUUGGCGUAAUAUCAAUGGCGUAAUAUGGUGUCCCAGACUAAACGGUUUUUCACAAAACAUUAGGGGCAAUAAUCUCCAGAUAACCACGUGAGCUCGGCAAUUAAAGAUCCCAAGCGAUUAAGCAAUUAGACAAUAUUAAACCAGCUUGAUUGAAUCAUCCGAUUGGGAAGAAACACCCGGAUUAAAAACUGGAAAGUUGAGUUGCGCGUAAGAACAUGUGCGCGACUGCGCAAUACAGAACUGUCUUCUCCAACAGGUGCCUUUCCUGAGAGAUCUGCUCUCUCACAGCUAUUUCUCGGCACAACAACAAUGGAAAUACUUUGUUUUCCCUCCUAACAUGUCGUAGAUCUUAAAAUCGAAAACACCUUAAACUGGAGUAAAAACUUUUGUUCGCUCACUUGAGGAUUUACGCAUGGAGAAAUGUUCACUUUUAUGGAUAUAAUCCAUAAACAUUUUAUUAAUUGAUAUCGUUUCCUCUUUCUUUCUUUCUUUUUUUUUGUAGGCUACUUCAAAUGAAUAAGUCGAUAUAUCUCAGAUGCUAAACACAGAGUGAUUUUGUUUUUCUGCACUGGAUCUCCACAACGUGAUCUUCAUUAUAUAUGGGAGUCUCCUUUCCUCUUCUCCAACAUCUAUGAUCGAUUGGAUUGAUUGGGAAUACAACUACCCCCUUGACAGGGACACUGUUCUGAUCUUUUAAUAAUGACCAUCACAUUGAGAUCGCCAAACUGAUAACUUGGGCUCAAGGUGAAAGUCUGAACUGGAGGACGAUAUGAAGACAGUUUCAUAUAUUCUUGCUGCGAUGAUCUUCUGGAACUCAGCAGCCUGUGUAAGUGGAGAACAAGAACCGUUUCUUGAGCCCCCUACGAGCCCAUGGGAUCUGCACUCUUUGGGAGAGGAGGAAACACGUUUACCCUGUCGAUUCAAUGUGUCGGCCAGUGAGACUCAGGUGGUGCAGGUGUCGUGGAUUCGACACAACUCAAAUGGAGCUGAAGAACAGAUUAUCACUGUUAAUUUCAACGAAGGACAGAUAGAAAGCCCUGCAUAUUCAGGGCGUGUGCGAUUCGAGACCAACAACCCAAUAGCAGACUCUGCUCUGAUUAUUAUGCGCACGAGUUCUGCAGACGAGGGCAAAUACACCUGCAAAGUCGCCACCUUCCCCUCUGGAAACUUUGAGACUGUGAUUUUCCUCACAGUGUGGACUAAACCCAUCACUUCCCUGAAGGAGUUCGUCCUGGUUGAGGGCCAGUCGUUCCGUCCGGCCGCUACAUGCCGCUCGAUGGCUAAACCAAUGGCAGGCCUCUCCUGGGACACAGAACUCCCGGGUCAGAGCCAGAACCUCAGUUUGGAUGGUAUGGUGUCCUCAAUCCAGUUUUCCCUCCACCCUCUUCGUAGCAUGAACGGACAGAAGCUGGACUGUCUUGUCUGGCAUCCAUCUCAUAAAGGCCCCCAGAGGAUCUCCAGUAAACUUACAGUGCACUACCCUCCGAAUGCACUGAUAUCUGGCUACGAGGACAACUGGCAUGCUGAAAUGCAAGGUGCGACGCUACAGUGCAACGGCGAAGGAAAUCCCAAACCUCACCGAUUCAACUGGACGAGGAAAGGUGAAGCUCUACCAGAGGGUGUGACGGUGGACGGUGGCACGCUGAGCUUUUCCAGGCCCCUUCUCCUGACAGAUCAAGGGGAUUACAUCUGCACCACCACCAAUCUGGUGGGAUCUGGAAAAGCUGAGAUUUCAAUAAGUAUAGCAGAGUUGCCUCUGAAGGAAACAUCAGUGAACUACAUGAUGAUGAUCAUUAUUGCCGGUGUCGCUGCAGCGGUUGUUCUCACUCUUGUCGUAAUAAUCAUUUCUGUAAACCGCCACUAUAAACGCAAAAAUGAACAACUGGCCAUAGAGCUGAAGGAAAAAAAGGAGGAAAUCAGCACUCUGUCAAGACAAGCCUCGUUUAGAAGAGUGAACUCGAGCAGCACAGACAACAGAUACUCGGAGGACAAUCAUCCUUUAAGAGUCGAAGGAACGAUACGCACAAGUCUCUCCUCUCUGGAUCGUCCUCGCUCCAGGGAUAGUCGUUCCACGCUGGAACGUUGCACGGUGGACUCACUCGGUCGCCCUGCAAUUUUUAACUCGUCCAGACGAGGUCAAAACAAACUGAUCGAGAGAUCUGACCGAGAAUCCACUCGAAUGAUGAUGAUGGAGUCUUAUGACGAGGACAGUAACAUGUCACAGGAAACCCAACUUCUCCCUCCUCUCCACCCCUCUUCUUAUUCAACGGACCAGGCCGUUGAACUGGUGCGAUCUCGAAACGGCAGUGCCAUUCUCCCCGCGGAGGGGAGGCCGCGGUCAGGAGGAAGCAGCAGGGGGCAUCACUCACCUAUGGUAACCACCUACCCGACUCUUACAGACGAAGAGGAAGAAGAUUCUGUUAGCCCUGCGGAUUCAGGAGUGCACAGAGGUUUAAUGGAUCACGACGCUUUUGAAAAUGGCAGCAGCGAGACGGCGAGUUCACAGAUAUCCGAGGCGCUAUCCAACCAUUUUGAGCGCACUAAUGGCACACUACGGCCCAAGUCGAAACCCAAUAACAUCCUGCUCCCGGCCAAAACAACGCUUUUCCUCUCACCGCAUAGCCCAACUAUCCACAAAGCUCAGAUCGUUUAAAGUGUUUGUUUGGAAGCGUCUUGCGUUAGAAUUUAUCGCCAUUUACAGUGCUAUUCUGUAAAUUCACUUUUCCAAGGGCUGUCUUGACAAUGACUAACCCAUAAAAAUGGAUGUAUUAUAUGAACUUGUAUAUGAGUACAUUCCCAAGGUGGCAAAAACAUGGACAGAACUAUCAGGCCAUCAUCAUCUAACCAAACUCAAACCUGAAAAACAAAACCAGCAUUACUCGCAUAGUUCCUCAUAGUUGCAUAAUCCGGUGUGUUUUUGGAACUGGGACGACUGAGCAUUAUGGGGCACAGCGUGUGUUUCAGGUACAGAUUAACUGGAGACCACCGGAGUUGAGCUUCACUGUGUGACCAGGGAGUGGAAUUACGAUCUUUUUUUUAUUUUUAUUUUUUAUUGCAACAUGAGGCUUCACUUGAAUUACUGUUGAGGGAGAAAAUACUACAUGAACUGUGUUCUGGUCAUCCUUCACUGUGACUUUUUGACUGUAAUGUCUGUAAUCCAAAAGAUAUCAAAUGGUGUUUUUGAAAUAUUUUUUUUUUAUACAUCUUUUGUGUAUUUUAACUGGAAACUGCCCAGUGCAUGAAUAGUAUUAUGAAGUACUGCAUUACCAUAUUCUAAGAAUGACUCCUGCAUGUGACAAAAAUGUCACUAUAUUUGCAGGAGUGACACUGUCUUUGUUUACAACAUUUAUACUUCAUUAUGUACUAUUAGUUUUAAUAAGCAGCAAGUGUUACCGCAAGCUCCUGAGGAAUUCCUGUGACCUUUCUAUCUAACAAAAUGUAAAGCCAUAAAUGGGUCUUGAUGGUAAGUAACUUUGGUGUAUUGAGUUCACUACAUUGUAUGAGGUUGGCGUUAAUGACUGGUUAUUAAAUCAACCCGAAUUAUA